ACAAGAUACGAGGAGAGAGAGAAAAGCAAAGACCUCACCAAGAAUAUUUAUAUUCAUAGAGAGAGAGAGAAGUGUUAAUAUCUUAGAGAGAGAAAGAGAGAGAGAAAGGAUGGGGACGAAGAAGUGUGAGCUAUGUGGUGGUGUAGCGAGGAUGUUCUGCGAGUCAGACGAGGCGAGUUUAUGCUGGGAUUGCGACGGCAAGGUUCACGGAGCUAAUUUUCUGGUGGCUAAGCACACGCGCUGCCUUCUUUGCAGCGCGUGCCAAUCUCCGACGCCUUGGAAAGCCUCCGGUCUCCGUCUCGGUCCAACUGUUUCCAUCUGCGAGUCAUGUGUCGCUCGCAAGAAGAACAACUCCGUCGUGGUAGCUGGCCGAAAUCAGAUUUUGACGGAGGAUCUUAGCCAGGAGGUGGAUGGUCGCGAUUUUGACGGAGAUCGGUUGAGAGGUGACGACGGCGCCGAAUCUUAUGAAGACCAUGAGGAAGAUGAGGAAAGCGACGAGGAUGACGAGGAUGAAGAAGAAGAAGAAGAGGAGGCGGAGAAUCAGGUGGUGCCAUGGGAUGGGGCGGCGGCGGAGACGAGUUCAUCGUCUUCGGUUAGCUGCGGCGAGGAAGCGUUUUUCGUCGACGGAGUUCUGGUGGUGAAAAAAACGCGACGGUGUUUGGAUCUGAACUGCUCAGAUGAAGAGGAAUCGCGACCUUUGAAAAGAUUAACCAGAGACGAAACCUCGUCAAGAUCAACGGCUGUGAUGAACUCAAAGGGAUGUGAUACAUCGUCGUCAUCAUCGUCUUUGAAAUCGCAAACAAAAGCAGUUGAUGAUUCUCUAGUAGCUUAAACCCAACGUUCAUUACUAACAAAACCCGUGUUUUAGUGAGUUGAGUUAGUUCCUUAAUGCUUCUUAGUUGCUUUUAGAACAACAAAUGUUAGUCGUUGAAGCUUUUUUUUCCUUGGCUGUUUAAGCUUUUUGUAUUAUUACAACCAUGUUCAUUUUAUUUGUUUAAACUAUUAUUUUACCCGCAUACAUAUCUACAGAAUCGAAAAAAUGAACAAAUAUGUGGCUAGGAACGCAUGAUAAAUUAUUAUAACCAUUGCAAG